AUGUCGAACCCACGCAUUGAGGAACUGCCAGAAGACGAGCCCGACAAAAAGAUCGCCGAGGUCGAAGACGCAGAGUCCAGCUCCGACUCUGAGGUCGAGGCCUCAGGUGAGGCUGGCAUUCCCGCCGGUGCCUCAGUUGCCGUCCAUUCCCGCAACGAGAAGAAGGCCAGGAAGGCGAUUGCAAAGCUUGGAUUGAAGCAUGUUGAGGGUAUCACCAGGGUUACGCUGAGGCGGCCAAAGAAUAUCCUUUUCGUCAUCAACCAGCCGGAUGUCUACAAGUCUCCUACGAGCAACACUUGGAUCAUCUUCGGCGAGGCCAAGAUUGAGGACUUGAACUCCCAGGCACAGGCAUCUGCUGCCCAGCAGCUCGCCCAAGCCGAGGCUCAGGGCCACGACCACUCCGGACACGACCAUGACCACGAUCACGGCAAGGGCAAGGCCGUCGAGGACAAGAAGGACGAGGACGAGGAUGACGGAGAAGAGGUCGACGACACUGGCCUCGAAGCCAAGGACAUCGAACUGGUCAUGCAACAGGCUAGCGUAUCGAGGAAGAAGGCGGUCAAGGCUCUCAAGGAGAACGACAACGAUAUCCGCAGCGCAGCCCUCAAGCUUGACUGGACGAAACUGGGAACGCAGCUCGGACUGAGAGGCUCGACUGCCCAGGCUCUUUCCAGCUUCAAGAAGCGCAAUGAUGACGCCCGCCGCAAGGUGAACGCCCUCUCGGAACAACCGCAAACCGUCGACUUCGCCCACUACCGCAGCGUUCUCAAGAACACUGCCGUCAUCGACGAGAUCGAAAAGAGCUUCGCCAGCUUCAAGCCCGCGACUUAUGACGUGAGCAGGCAGAUCAAGGCCAUUGAAGCUUUCGAGGCCCAGGCAUUGAAGAGCGCGGAGGAGACCAAGAGUGUUGUCGACAAGGAGUUAAAGGACUUGGACAAGACGUUGAAGAACAUUGAGGAGGCACGGCCAUUUGAGGACCUCACUGUGGACGAAGUCGCCGCCGCCCGUCCCGACAUCGACGCGCGCACUUCCGAACUCGUCUCGAAGGGUCGCUGGGCCGUUCCAGGUUACAAGGAAAAAUUUGGCGACCUCUCAGUGCUAUAG